CUCUCUGCCACUGGCAGCACAGCUGUCUUCUCACAGGCGGACUGGGAGGACGCUGGGAGUCUGCAGCGCCCCCGCCCUCUCGCUUUUUCUUUCUUUCCAGGUUUUGGGAUCUCGCAGCCGGAGCCGGGAGAGGUUCUGAGAAGAGAAAGGGCGAGGGACAGGAGCGCAGGCUUCUGCUGCGGCGCGCCAACAAAACUGGGGACCCCCUCCGGGACCUCGCAGCCCUGGCUAGGAUGUGACGAAGGAAAGCUCCCAGCAUCUGCAUCCCGCGCUCAAAGGUGCCACACAGAAAGCGCAUCUGGGGAACCACGGUUGGGGUCCCUUUGCUCGCCGCGCCUCGGGACAGGGAGCAGCUCCCAUUCUUCGGAAAGCGCGCACUGGGCAUCAUUGCUUUCUGAGCGCUUGGCACAACUCCGGAGCCAGCAGCGUGCACCUGGACCGAGUCCCGCUUCCCGCCUGCUCACAGAGUGGGGAGACAGCCCUCGCCUGCAUUCCCUGUAGCCCCAGCUUCCUUGGCACCUGCGCUAACCUUCCAGACUUGGGCGUUGAACCCCGCGGCUCCGGGUCCCUGCGUCGCCCUCGACCCCAUGGAGAGCGCACCAGCAGCGGCUUCCUGAGUGCAAACGCCGCGGCCGUCCAAACUGCGUUGGGUUCCCCCGGCUCGCCCCUUUUUCGGAGGUGACCGAGAGGCCGGGAGAGAGCGCAUCAUGAAGUCCAUGCUGUUCAGCCGCUUCUUUAUCCUCCUGCCCUGGAUCCUCAUCGUCAUCAUUAUGCUCGACGUGGACACGCGCAGGCCUGCGCCCCCAUUAACCCCGCGCCCCUACUUCUCUCCCUACGCCGGGGGCCGCGGGGGUGCCAGAAUCCCGCUUCGCAGGAGCCGCCCUGACGGCCGCCCCGGGCGCGGUUUAGAAAAGCUCAACGAGUCUCGGUCUCAAGCUCAGCCCGAGCCGCAGCUGCCCACCAUCUAUGCCAUCACGCCCACCUACAGUCGCCCGGUGCAGAAAGCCGAACUAACCCGCCUGGCCAACACUUUCCGCCAGGUGGCGCAGCUGCACUGGAUCGUGGUGGAGGACGCGGCGGCGCGCAGCGAGCUGGUGAGCCGCUUCCUGGCGCGGGCCGGGCUGCCCAGCACGCACCUGCACGUGCCCACGCCGCGGCGCUACAAGCGGCCCGGGCUGCCGCGCGCCACCGAGCAGCGCAACGCGGGCCUCGCGUGGCUGCGCCAGAGGCACCAGCACCUGCUCCUGCAUCAGCGCGCUCAGCCCGGGGUGCUCUUCUUCGCCGACGACGACAACACCUACAGCCUGGAGCUCUUUCAGGAGAUGCGAACUACACGCAAAGUCUCUGUCUGGCCAGUGGGCCUUGUCGGUGGGCGACGCUAUGAACGUCCAUUGGUGAAAAAUGGCAGAGUUGUUGGUUGGUACACUGGCUGGAGAGCAGACAGGCCUUUUGCCAUUGACAUGGCAGGAUUUGCUGUAAGCCUUCAAGUUAUCCUGUCCAAUCCAAAAGCUGUAUUUAAACGCCGUGGGUCGCAGCCAGGGAUGCAAGAAUCUGACUUUCUAAAACAGAUAACAACAGUUGAAGAAUUGGAACCGAAAGCAAAUAAUUGUACCAAGGUUCUCGUGUGGCACACGCGGACAGAGAAGGUUAAUCUAGCCAAUGAGCCAAAGUACCAUCUGGAUACAGUGAAAAUUGAGGUAUAAAUUGAAGUCGCAACUGGUGCCUUUUGCCUACCCAAUGACUGAGGUGGAUGUUUGGAGGUUAGAUCUCAAGCAUUCAGGUAUUGUUCAUUUCACUUCAAUGUAACAGUCUUUACUGUUUAAAACAGAGCUUGGUAGUCAGGUGGCAUAAAAUAUUUGUUUUCAUUUGUUCUGCAUGUUUACACUAAGAGUAAAUUGGAAGUUCUUUGUACAGUACAGCCAGAUGACUUUAACUAAUCAGAGGGAGAAUGGUAUCCAAAAGUGUCAACAGGAGUAAGAAGCAGAUGACAAUUUUUAAUGAGAUGUUCGUAUUUUUCACAGGAUGGUCACAGUAAAUACUGUAGAAAAUGAAACCCUCAAAAAAAAUCUAUGGAUUCAUCUGUUUAAUAGGGGGAUAACAUUUUGUCAAUACUAGGCACCAUAAAAUGUAAACACAAUUACUGCCAUAAACCUGGAUAUACCUUCAAGAAUUAAAAGUGAUUUGUUUAGUUACCCUGUUUGCAUAGUAGUGCAGAGAAAAGUCUUCAUGUUAGCACUAUGUACAUAAUAAAGGUUCCA